AUGGCAGUGCAGCAAUGCACGGUGGCGCUGUUCGUGGCCGUCGCCCUCGUGGCCGGGCCAGCCGUCUCGUACGCUGCCAAAGCCGGCCACGCCCCAGCCGGGGAACAACCCAAGGCCACAACUGAGGAGCAGAAGCUAAUUGAGAAGGCCAACAACGCCUUCAAGGCGGCUGUGGCGGCUGCAGCCGUGGUCCCUCCAGCGGACAAGCCCAAGUAUUUCGAGACCACCUUCGUCAACAACUUUGGCAACUGGACACUCGAAGGGUUAGCCAACGUGUCCAGCGCCAACGCCAGUAUCAGCACUAGGGUCGUCUUCGCUCAGGUGGCUGCCGCCAUGAACGCCCAGGGCGCUACCCCGGAGGCCAAGUAUGACUCCUUCGUGGCCAUCUUUGGCGAGUCGCUCCGCAUCAUCGUCGGCAUCCUAGAGGUCCACGCCGUCAAGCCCGCCCGCGAGGAAGUCAAGGGGGCGAUCCCUGCCGGCGAGCUCAAGGCCAUUGACCAGAUCGACACCGCCUUCAGGACUGCAGCCACCGCAACCGACGCUGCCUCGACCAAGGACAAGUCCACCGUCUUCGACUCCGCCUUCAGCAAGGCCAUCAAGGAGACCAUGGGCGAUGCAUACAAGGACUACAAGUUCGUCCCCACCAUCGAGUCUGCCGUCAAGAAGAUGUACGCCGUAUCGGUUCCUGAGAGUCUCGAGGACAAGAGCUUCAUCUUUGAGAGCGCCCUUACCGACACCAUCGGCGCCAUGGCCACCGCGGCCGCCGCCGCCACCCCCGCCACUCUCACUCCCACUCCCGCCUCCGCCACCGGUGGCGACAAAGUCUAGCUCAUAUAUAUAUAAAUAUUAGGAGGUGUUUGGCUCGCAGU